AAAAAAACAAAUGGGUCCUCCAACCUAGCCGUUGUCUGUAUCUUUCUUUAACGGUCCCUAAACCAAAACCCUCCAUAUAAAUUCACAUUUUCACCAUUGCAUUGCAAGUCCUAGUGCUUAAUCUAAAGUUUCCAACAAAAUGGCUUCAACUCAUAACAACCUUAGAAACUCAUGUUCUUUUCCUUACAUUCUUCUCUCUGUCCUUAAUUUCAUUCUCUUCAUUCUCUCUGCAACAUCUUUAGUUCCCACUAUAGCCCUUAAAAUGCCGCCAACUUCAUUGGGUUUAGCCUUCCUCAUGGUUUCCUCCAUCUCACUCUUGUCAUCUUUCUUGGGUUUUUACUCUCACCUUGCUCAUUUUUGCUUCUUGACACAUGUUUCCCUUCUCCUAGCUUCAUGCACUGGACAAUUACUUGGCAUUUUGGCCUUGUUUACGAAAGAAAAAUCGAGUCUUUCGAUGCUAAAGUCGGAUAGGGAUCCGAAAGAGGCUAAAUUGUUGGUAAGACUGGAAUGUGGGAUUUUUAUGGCAAUGUUUGUGAUGCAGUUGGCUGUUGUAGUAAUAACUUGUGCUGUGCAUAGCUGUUGGGUAAGAGAGUACGAGGAUAUUGAGGCUGAGAAGGAGGCAUUAGCCCAGAAGAGGAGCCGGAGAGUCGCGAGAGUGCAGGAAGAAUCUAUUGCAAAUGCUUUGAAGAUUUCUGAGAUUAAAGCUAAAGAAUUGGAUGAGAAGAUGAAGGUUAAGUAUGGUCUCUGGGUCAAAAAUGAUUUUGAAGGCUAAGUAAGAUUUAUUAGUGGUCAAGUUUGGUUUGAAAUUGUUUUGAUUGUUACUUUUUUGGUAACUAUGGAGGUGACAAUUGUACUUGUAACAUAAAAUUUGCUUAAUGUGUGUUCUUCUUUUUCCAAGCAUCGAUAAUGAACAUUGAUCUUUGCUUUUCUUGCCAA